AGGAUUCGGAUUCGUCACGUUUCAAAGUGAAGACAUAGUAGAUAAAGUGUGCGAAAUACAUUUUCACGAAAUCAACAAUAAAAUGGUGGAAUGCAAAAAAGCACAACCGAAAGAAGUCAUGCUCCCAGCUAAUUUGGCCAAGACGAGAGCCGCUGGCCGCGGCGCGUACGAUUUCAUGUGGUCAUUGGGUGCUCUUCCUGAUGGGUUUCCAGCAGCGUACGCCGCCUACGCGGCAGGACGUAGCUAUUCGGGCUAUCCUAGCUUCGGGCUGCCAUACCCUGCAGUUGACCUGACCAACGGCCAACUGACACCGAACAACAACACACCGCUGUUGGCGCAGGCGCUCUCAGUGAUGAACAAUUACCAAGCAGCAGCCGCUGGAUUUGGUCCACCCGCGUCGCCGCACGCUGCCGGAGGACGAGCUGGUUUCCCGGCCGCAAGUUCGCCGGGUCCGGCGCUUGACGUGUACGGCUCGGCCGCAGAUAGCGUUGGCUACGUGCAAGCCGCAAGCCCGCAACCCUCUGGAUUCCCGGCGAUCGCCGUCAGCCGUGCGCCUCUCAAUUACACCCCAGGACCCCUGAUUCCUGCGGCGUUUACCAACGGUUAUCAUUGA